AUGCUAUCCAGCUCACCCACCAAGUACGCCGUCGCCCUCUUCUCAGGCUUCCAAGCCCUCGACGUCUUCGGCCCCCUCGACGCCCUUAACAUCCUCUCCGCCUCAACCCCCCUCGAGCUACACCUGCUCUCCACAACACUGGCCCCCGUGUCGACAACCCCCGUAAAGGACCCCAUCGCCGGCGCAAUCGGCCAGUGCGUCGUCCCAACGCAUACAUACCAGGACGCCCCAAAGGACAUUGAAGUCCUCCUCGUGCCAGGAGGCCAAGGAACCCGCAAUCCUGAACUCACACAGCCCGUCGUGGACUUUAUCGCAUCGACGUUUCCAAAGGUUCGGUAUCUCCUUACGGUCUGUACGGGGAGUGCUCUUGCGGCGAGAGCGGGUGUUCUGGAUGGCAGGAAUGCGACGUCGAAUAAGCUCGCUUUUGACUGGAUUACGUCGAAUGGCCCGAAUGUAAAGUGGAUUCGUCAUGCGCGAUGGGUGCAGGACGGCAAUAUCUGGACCUCGUCUGGCGUGUCGGCUGGCAUUGAUAUGAUCUAUGCUUUCAUUGCUGAUCAAUAUGGCCAAGAGGUUGCUGAUAGCGUUGCAACUUCAUCUGAGUACUCUAGGAAUACCGACUCUACGAAUGAUCCCUUCAGCGGAUUGGCAUAA